GCUGCUCCCCACAACUUCCGUGGCUCGACUUAAGCCCCAUUAAUGAACGCUAACCUUUUUUGUAUAUAUUUUUUUACUAAACACUGAAAGCGUGAGCUGCCUCAGCGUGGAGCAAGAGGCGUCUUUGAGGGGAGUGAGACUGAAGAGGACCAUCUUGAACCGCCGAGGUAUCCUGUAACAUCAGCUGCGGCUAAAACGCUACCUCCACUUCAGAAAACCCACAGCGACCUUCUGUCUUUUCAGCCUCCUUCUCACGACGUCAUUUACCCCGAGGCUUCAUGUCUCUCAGAGUUUCAGGCAUGAGUGUUUUUCCUCCGGUUCGUCGGGACCGGGUCAUCGCUCAGCUGCCUCAGGCUUUCAGAAAGGAGGCAGCCCUUCACAUUACAGAAGAAUUCAACAAUAAAGUGAGGACGGCCUGCCAGGAGCAGCGGACCGGCACUGUGGGGUUUAAAAUCUCCAAGGUCAUCGUGGUCGGCGAUCUGGCUGUGGGGAAAACCUGCCUGAUUAAUAGAUUUUGCAAGGAUGCCUUUGAUAAGAACUACAAGGCGACCAUCGGUGUUGACUUUGAGAUGGAGCGCUUCGAGGUGCUCGGCGUCCCUUUCAGCCUGCAGCUUUGGGACACUGCGGGCCAGGAACGGUUCAAGUGCAUCGCUUCCACUUACUACAGAGGAGCUCAGGUUGUGAUAAUCGCGUUUGACGUGAAUGACAUUGCCUCUCUGGGCCACGCCAGGCAGUGGCUGGAAGACGCCUUGAAAGAGAACGACCCCACCAGCGUUCAGCUCUUCCUCGUCGGCACAAAGAAGGACCUGAGUUCUCCUGCUCAGUAUUCCCGGAUCGAACAAGACGCCAUGAAGUUUGCGAGAGAGAUUCAUGCUGAGUACUGGGCUGUCUCAUCGCUGACGGGGGAAAACGUCAAAGAGUUCUUCUUCCGAGUCGCCGGUUUGGCCUUUGAGACAAGCGUUCUCGCCGAGUUGGAGAAAAGUGGAUCGAGGCAGAUUGGCGACGUUGUCAGAAUCAACAGCACUUCAAGCAAUCUGCACGCCACAGCAAAGAAGAAGCAGGCCAACUGCUGUCAGUAAGCGUAGGAUAAAUGUUUAAAAAAAAAACACACACACACACAGACUGACUGAGACUUUUUCUCAGCGGUGGAUGAGUGUGGCUGCUGUCCAGCUUAGUUGGGAGAAUUUCUGUGGUCAGAAAAGGAGGGGAGCAUUUUAUGGCAUGUUUACAGUCUGUAUUAUUAUUAUUUUUUUUCCUGACCAGCAGGAAAAGUGAGGAUAUUUGUGGUGGACUUUAACACAGAGCGAUAGUGCUGCCAUCAAACUGCCAAAGAGUUUUCGGAUGCUUACUCGGCUUAUAGCUCCAGUUUUGCUGCUGUAGAGUUUUUCAGAAUCAAUUUCUUAUUGCGUUUUUAGCUCAAACAUAUUGGUGAAGUUUUGAUUGUUUUUCCCAACUAACACUUUUUAGGUCAUUACUUCUUCCCCUCAACUCCUUCGUUGGCGUUUAGAUGUUCUGGCACCUUGAUAAAAAUGUGUAAAUCAUCUUAGUAUGAAUCUACCUUUUAAGGCUGUGGCACAUUUUCAUACUGAAAAACUUACUAAAUCCAACCUUUAAUUUAAGUGCAAUUGUUAUGAGGGUGAAUUGCAAUAAUAAUGCAAUAAUUUAGAAGUUUAUAAUAAGUUUAGGUUUUUCUUUGUAGCUUAGUUUGAUUUUGUUGUGACUUUAGUCAGUCUUCAGAGUGUGUUGGCUAGUUUUUCUUUCUGUGAUUUGCCAACAAUUGAAACAAAACACUAAAAUGAAGAAUUCCUCUAAUUUCAUUAUGUUUAGUUACUUUUAUAAACAAACAAUAUAGUUCCAGUUGGUUAUGGUUUUUCACCAUCACUUCUUUCAGUUAGCAGAAAAAUUAUUUCUCAAUCUCAGUGUUCUUUAUUUUGUUAGAUUUUUGUUAACUGUAAUAACCUUGACAUAAAAGUCUCGUAAGAAUAAAACCUUCAUAGGCGCAACAAAAAUAUAAGACUUGUGAUUAAUGUGUUUAAGGCCAACUUACACUUUCUUAAAGUCAUUUAAGACGUCGCAAAGGAUGUGUGAACACCCCGACCCCCAGAAGAAACAGUAAUGGUAACACAAACACUAACAUGACACUGUCAUAAUCAUAACAUAACACCUGUCUUGAUGAUGAAGGACUCUGAAGUAUCAUCUGGUAAAUUAUGACACUUUCAAUGCAAAAUUGACCAUUUUAAUGUACUUUUCAGGCAAGUUAUACUGCAACUUCUCAUUAAAAGUGUGAUUAUGUACCUAAUGACACUUCGUGACAACGGUUGU